UCUGCCAGCUCUCUCGAAUCCCUCAGACUGUACUGAGUUGGAGGUAAUUUGAGUCUUAGGGAUUUCUGGCCAAUGAUCGCAGUCUACGGAUGAGGAGGAAAGAGGCUUAACGGGAGGUCUCUUCCAGCUCACUGAGGACCGGGAGGGAAGGACUUCAUUUGUCUAGUGCUGGAAGAAAGGCUGUGGAAGGAAGGCUGUGACCCUCUCGCGCCUUCUUCUUGUCUGUGGCCCCGUGGAGUCGGAGCAUCACGCGGCAAGUGGGCAGUGCGCUGCUGGGACUGCUGGUGGCUGCUUGGGGCGCUCGCUCGCUAGCUGGCUCUCUGAAGCUCGGGAGCAAACCUCGUGCAGCACCAGCCGCAGCGACAGCUUCGGCGCCCGGCCAUCGCCCUUCAGGACACAGCAUGACCAGCCAGCCCGGAGCAGCCGAGGCCGUUUCCUGCCAGGACUGUAAUUAUGAAUGCUCUACAGGAUGUACUGGGAGAGGAGAAUUAAAGCAAAUGUCUAAGUCUUUUAAGGCUAAAGAUCUAAUCAUUACACCAGCCACCAUUUUAAAAGAAAAACCAGACCCAAAUAAUCUUGUGUUUGGGACUGUUUUCACGGAUCACAUGUUGACAAUAGAAUGGUCUUUGAACUUUGGAUGGGAAAAGCCUCAAAUAAAGCCUCUUGAGAACCUGUCAUUGCAUCCUGGCUCAUCAGCCCUUCACUAUGCAGUGGAAUUAUUUGAAGGAAUGAAGGCAUACCGAGGAGUGGAUGAAAAAAUCCGUCUAUUUCGACCAGACCUCAACAUGGACAGGAUGCUUCGAUCUGCUGCAAGGGUAACUUUGCCUGAAUUUGACAAGAAAGAACUUUUAAAGUGUAUACAAGAACUCGUGAGAUUAGAUCAGGAAUGGGUUCCAUACUCAACAUCAGCCAGCCUCUAUGUGCGCCCUACCCUUAUUGGAACUGAGCCUUCUCUUGGAGUAAAGAAGCCAACAAAAGCCCUACUUUUUGUAAUUCUGAGUCCUGUGGGACCUUAUUUUUCAAGUGGAACCUUUAAUCCAGUAUCUCUGUGGGCCAAUCCGAAGUAUGUAAGAUCCUGGAAGGGUGGAACUGGGGACAACAAAAUAGGAGGCAAUUAUGGUGCCUCCAUUUUUGCCCAAAAUGAAGCAUUGCAACAAGGAUGUCAACAAGUUCUUUGGCUCUAUGGAGAAGAUCAUCAGAUAACUGAAGUGGGAACCAUGAAUGUUUUCUUAUACUGGAUAAAUGAAGAUGGAGAGGAUGAACUAGCAACUCCACCACUAGAUGGUAUCAUUCUUCCAGGAGUGACAAGGCAAAGUAUACUGGAUCUGGCAAGGAAAUGGGAUGAAUUUAAGGUGACUGAGAGAUACCUUACUAUGAAUGACCUAAUAAUUGGCUUAAAAGAAAACAGAGUAAAAGAAAUGUUUGGCUGUGGUACAGCUUGUAUUGUUUGUCCAGUUUCUGAUGUACUUUACAAGGGCGAGAAUAUUCAUGUUCCAACGAUGGAAAAUGGUCCUAAGCUUGCCACCCGUAUUUUAAAUCAACUUACUGACAUACAGUAUGGAAGAGAACCAAGCGACUGGACAAUCUUGGUGUCUUGAAUGAAAACACAGGCGAUAUUAUCUGUAUGUUACUGGGGCAAGCCAUUGUGUUUAGAUUUGUGAUAGAUUUGUUUGGCUGCCAGUUUAUAGUUGUAUGUAAUGUAUUAUCAUUGUGUUCCUGGGGGUGAUUGCCUCCACAUGCCAGAGAAUAGAAAUAACAAUCAUGUUACUUUCUUCAGUAAGCUUGCCUUGUUAUAGUAAGUAGCUAAGAUGUAAGCCAUAUAAUAUAGAGUUUUCCUCACAACUUUUAGUGCCUCCUCUAGUGGCCUUCUCUGUACUCAUGAUUUAGAAGAAAAUAUGCUCUUCUUCCUUUGCCCCUUAAGCAUUUUACCCUUCCUCCCUUUUAUUUACCAAAGGAGACUUGAAUGACUAAAAGCUGAUUCAGAUGAUUUUUAUCAUUUAUGCUUCCUAAAGAUGUUAACAUCAGUAGGAUGCUCUUUUCCUCUGUGGUUAUCAUUUUUCUCUGUUUUUCUUUGAAACAUUGGAAAAGCUGGAUUUGCUCUCUGCUCUUACACUUGGGUUUCACAGUGAAUUCCCCUCUGCCAAAAACAUUUUGCUUUACUCUUCUCUUCUACACCACAGAAAUAUUGCCACAGAGGAUAAUGAUCCCUAUGCUAAAUUCUGGAUCUAAAAUGUCAUUAAUAACCUUCUGUUAGAACCUUAUGGUUUUUUUUUUCUUUUAUUACAUAUUCACAGGGGGGUGUUCUCCAGGGAGGCUUCAGUUUGCAAAGUUCCUUGUCAUUGCACCUGGAGCCUCAAGGGGUUUUCCUCAAUAUCUCAGCUAAUAAUCUGCACUUUAGUUCAUUAUUACUCACUCAUUCUCUCCUUUUCUAAUCUAUUUAACCUCCACAUGCUAGCAUUUAGAUAUAGAGCACUUAUCUUGUAACUAAAAUACAUUGUAAAUUUUUUUUUUUGAACUUCUAAAUUUCUCUGUAUGGUAUUAGAUACAUAAGGAGCUUCCUUCUUGGGGAAUGUACUCUUCCUCCUUUUUAAAGAUUCUUUCAAACUUCAUAGUGGCCUGUACUCUUCUCUAAUCACAAAAACAAUUUUAUUGAAGAAUUGAAUUAUCAUUGACAACUGUGAAAGAGAGCUUUGGGUUUACAUUUUUUUUUCAAAUAAAUUGUAAGCACAGAACAUAAUUCAAUUUCAUAAAGGUAUGACUGUACUUCUUACUAUCUUUAUUUAAUUGAAAAUGUUUGUCAUUUGUGUUUGAUUCUUAUAGUUAGUAUAUUUAUCUCAUAUUGUUUUUAUUUCCCAUGGUCUGCUGCAUCACCAGCCUGGAGAGAUACCCAAAGAAACACACAUGACAAGAUAGAAGAAUUAUUCUGCCUUGUGCCUUGAAAUGAGAGAUAGAGUUAUAAGAAAUAUUCAUGAAUUUCUAGUGAGAGAAAUAAUAGUGAAUUGUAUGAUAUUUCCCUAUUUUAAUUUUUUCAGCUGUAAUAAGAUGGAAAGAUCUGCUCUGAUUUAAUAGGUACUCUUUGCUACAAAUAGAGGCUGUAGAUAGAGCAUAUGCAUUUGUAUGGAGGGAAGAGGGGAAUUCUGGAAUGAAGAAGAUAAUGAAAAUGUUCUUUAUAAGUUUUUUUGAUGUGUUGUUAUCCUGGAAGAUACUUCCUAAUUCAGACCUUGCUCCUGAGAAAUAUAAGAUUGUCCUUCCCACACUUAAUAUUUAAGAUUUAUUUUUCUCUUAGUAAAUCUUUUGACUUCACUUCAGAAAUGAUAACCUAGAAAAGACUGGAAUCAGAUCUGUAGACUUAAAAAAAACAAACAAACAAACAUUUUGGCAACUAUAUCUGUAUAACUGGUUCCCUUUGGCAUUCUAUGUGCUUUAUUUUAUGUAUUUAAAAAAAAACAGAUCUAUAGACUUUAUCAGAUUACCAAAAGGAGUCCAUUACACACACACACACACACACACACACACACACACACACACAAAACAACUUCUGCUCCACAGGAAAAAAAAAAGGAGCUGCUUUUGUUAGUCCUUUAAAAUGCCAUUUUUAAAUUUAGUUUUGAAAUUGUCUGUGUGGUUUCCAUGAUCACUAUUUGGUCCAUGUCAGGCAUUUUCUGAUAUACUUAGUCCUUCAGGAUAUAACUCACAUUUAUACAGUGCUUUGAAGUCUACAAAGCACUUUCCUCACCAAAAAAUAUUAUGAGGUAGAUAAAUUAAGUAUUUUAAUCCCCAACAGAUGAGAGAGGUUCAGUGAUUCUGUUCAUAGUCCCCCACUGAAGUAUCUGAAGCAGGAAGUGAAUAUUUUUCAAAUCAUUUGAUUGUAAGAUCAGUGCCCUAUCCAUAAAAUCUGGGUGUGUCUCAGUUUAUGGAGAGAAUGUCAAGGGGAGAACAUAUUAGGAUGCACAAUCUUGUCUACUAUUUUAAUUAGAACUAACUAUGCUACUAACUUGUUAAAUGAAUUGGGAAAGAACAUCUGCACAUCUUUUUUCUCUGUGUUCUAUUUGUUUAAUUGUGGUGGAUUAAUAUAGCAAUAGUAACACAUUAUAACUAGGCAAUUAUCUAUUUUUCAACAGUUAGUUAUAGUAACACUAAUUGAUCAUUUAAGACAUAAAAUAAUCUAACAUUAGGAACAUGUGAGCCUAAUCUGCUCAAAGAAGAUCAACAAAUUAAUACUGUUGCUGAUAUUUGCAUAAUUGACUGCAAUUAUUUAAUGUUUAAUUGGGUUGAUCAAAUGAGAUUCAGGAACUCACAUGAGCAUGCAUAUAAACAGAACUGAUGUUACUUAAAGUGAUAAUGAUUAAUAGUUGUUUUGCAUUUUCCUUUUUCCUCUCCUUUAUUGAGUUAUUACUUUCAGAUCAAAUCUAUCCCCCAGAUUUUUAUACAUCAAUAGAAAUCAAGAUUUUAAAAAUGAAAUAUUUCACUUCAUGUGAUAUCAGACAUCUACCAAAAUGGAAAUGUUGCUUAAUUUGUACUUAUAACUCCCAUCUGGCAUCAAACAUUUUCUUUGUCAGAUUCAUUUUUAAAGAGUGCAAAAUCAAAGAAUGAAAAAUUAGAUCAGCACAUUCCUUAGAUACAAUAGAGAAUUGACUUAUCAGAAAGAAUAAAAGAAAAUUAACAAUUUGAGCUUUCAAAACUGGUUAGAUAACUUAAAUGAUAAAGUGAUUCAUUAUGUGCCUGACCUAGGAACUCUGGCAAAGAAUCUUUUAUUUAAACCUUGUAGAGAGUAGUCUCUGGAUUGGGAGUGAGGAGAUGCAGAUUAUAAUCUCCAUUCUUCUACUAACCAGCUCUUUAUAUUUAAUAAAUCAGUCUACCUUCCUGGACAUCCAUAUCAUCAGAAAAAUUCAGACUAGAUAUACUACAGUGGCCCUUCCAGCUUUAACAUCCAAAAAUUCCAUCUCUCUAGGAAGUACACCUUUGUUAAAGGCAAUUCAUUUCAUUUCCUUGAUAGAAAAGAUUAUUUUUUUUCUUUAGCUCUCCAAGGGCAUAGCACAAUGUUAUGAAUAUGGCAGGUACUUUAAAAGCUUAUUGAGUUGAAUUAUAGCAUUACAGGAGGAAAGAAAACAAUCUAAUAACUGAUAAUAUCAAGUUUGUGAAGAAAGCCAGUUUUACCACUUUUAGGAAAGCAAGAAAUAAAUAUCAGAAGCCAGUGAUAGAACUGUGUUAAUGUGAUGGAUUGCCUUAAUUUUAGUAUCUAAAAAUAAUUUUUCCAUUAGCCCAUGGAGAUAGAACCAUCUUGGGUCAUUUUGGGGUAGAUUUUGUUAAAGGACUUUGUUUUUAAAUAUAAGACCCUAUGGCAGGGAGGUAGAAGCCCCAUGAUAGCCAUUUUAAAAUUAUUUAUGUCUUCUCUCUCUCACUGAGCAUGUUAAACUUGUAUUCCUUUUCCUUAAAUAGUUUUUCUUUAUCCCUGAAAACAGGUGAUAAUUGUACCUUGUAUCUAAGGAAAUGUGUAUAACCAGAAAACAAACCAUAUUUGUUCUUUAACAGAGAAAUUUUUUGAGUUCACACUUGGUAUGCUUCAUGCAAUAAGUCAUCCAGGCUUUCUUUGAUUCAAAGUCUUCUGUAUGAAAAUGAAGCAGGCCACUUUGGUAGCUGUUAUGGAAGCAUUACCAGUGGUUCUUUAUAGCAUUUCAUAUCCAUGAAAUAUAGUCUGUGGAUUCUUUCAUAAAAUGAUGAUUAUUUCUUUUUUAAAUAUCUAAGCUCUAAAUGAACUAUACUUAUACCUAGCAAUUAGAAUUUGUGGACACUUUAUUCAAAUAGGUUGGUUGGGAUAAGAAUUGCCAAUUUUUUAUUCAUCUGAUUUCCUUUUAAAAAGUCCCAUUUGAUUGGCAGCAUGCUAAGAAUAUUGCUGUUUAAGAUUGUCUUCUUGAUUGCAAUCAUAAUAAUACAUUUGGUUAACAGUUGCUCAGUGAUUUAAAAGUUGCAUGAAAAUGUACAUCUAGAUGUUGUGGAACUGAAUCCAGAAUGUAGUUAUUGCCUUCAAGGAGCUUACAAUCUAGAAGUACAGGAUGGAUAGUAUUUGACACAUUUAAACAAAAAGGAGAAUAAGUUAGUAGAAAAAUUAUUGGAGGGAAAAGCAUAUUGAAUAUUUUAAUCUAUCCUUUUCAAUGAAAACUGCUUGUUUUCUAUUUCUUCUUUUAAUUCUUGUAGGGAAUUCUCUACUUACCACUCAGCCACUGAAUAUGGCAUAAGAUAUGUCAUUUCCUAAUUAACUAAUGCUAUGUUGAUGUAGCUAUUCUGGGUUAUACUAAAUUGAUGCAACAUUUUUUAUAAGAAAGCUCAGAUAAUAGUAUUCCCACUGUACUUCUUAAUCCUUAAGAGAGCUAAGUCCAAAGUUCCUGUGCAAAAUAUUAUCUGAAGGGGCAUCUAGAUGGCACAGUGGACAGAGCCCCAACCCUGAAGUAAACUCAACUCAAGUUCAGAUUCAGCCUCAGGCUGUGUGACUGGGCAAGUUCAAUUGUUCCACCAAAUCCCAAUUGCCUCACCAAAAUGUUGUUUUUUUUUUAAUUCUAAAACAAAACAAAACAAAACAAAAAAAAAAACAACAACCCAAAACCUUAUCUGAAAAUGAGAUUCACUGGAGACUGUAUUAUGGAAUGAGCUAGUUUAAUAUAUUAGAUCAUAUAUUAAGCUAUUUAGGAAAUGACAGGUGGAAGAUUAAUUUUAAGCCAAGUCUGUGAAAUGUGUUUCUUUCCUGAAUACCAGUUCUUCAAAGUGUUGUAAGUUUAUGUCCUUAUUGUUGUUGCCAAAAAAUACUCUUUUUAAAAAUCCUUAUUCAUUAUCAAGGAAGUUUUAGUAUUUUUUAAUUUUCUUCAAUGUACUUUAAAGUACACACUUCAACAAAAUAUUUAUUGGAUUUUUCCUAUAUUUAUUUUUUAAAAAAUGAAAAAAUCAGGACUCAAGAAAUCUUAAUGUUCAUCUGGAAUAAUUUCCUGUGAUUAGGAUACUUAUAUAUUUGCUUCUAAAAAUACAAAAUCUUUGAGACUCAGUCUUUGAGAAUUUUUUUUUUGCUGGUCAAAUCAGGUUAUUAGAUCUUAUUUCUUUUUGCCUUUAUAAUUUCUAGUACUAAAAUCUCCAUUGUUAACAGGACUUAACAGUUGAAUAGUUUGCCACACAUUUUAACAUCAUCGCCGAACUCUUAUUUGCAAAAUAAUGUGCAGGUUCUGAGCCACCAAGUAUAAUGCUGGCACAAAUUAAAUUGUCAUUUUGUUCAUUAACUGAUAAUAAUAUCUAAUUAAUUAUUCACAUCCAAGGUUACAUUGAGUGAGUUCUUUCUUAAAGUUUGUACAGAAUGAAGAUGUAGAAAAGAAAUUCAGAAGCAGAACAAGAGUGAUAAUGAAAGAGAAAGGGAUAUGAUUCUAGAAAGAACACAAAUAUUUCAUUUUUCUUCCAUCCUUCCAAAGAAAGAUCAUUUCUCUUUCCCUGCAGAAUGCUUAUAGUCUGCUUGUCUUUUUAACCUUGGCUUCUAUGCUAAGGCUAAUUGUAGGGACCAAAUAGAAAUAGUGCCAGUUAUUAUGUAUCUUCAAGAAAGUCAUUUUAAGUUCACAGACAUAUUUUGUGAUAGGAGCUGUGGGCAAUUUUGUCUUUUAUUCCCUCUGAGUAGUGCAAAGCUGAGCAUAAACAAAGCAGUUAAUAAGUGCUUACUGAAUUGAAUUAACUUAUUAGGAUAUCUAAUAGAAACUACUUUGGACAACUAAAGAGCUGACAUGGAGUUAAUCCUAGAGAUUUGAAAAUCCAGUGUCUUUUUAUAAAACUCUUGUAUGUACUAUCAAUUCUUUUUCCUUUCUAGGUUUUUUUUUAUGAUAAAUUUUCUUGGGGAGAGGAAAACUAUAAGGAACAAAAAUAAAAUUAUUUAUUGCAGAUUUUCUUAUCUGUUUCUCAGAUUGAAGGAUUACUUUGAAUGCUCCAGGAAUUAGAUGAAUAUUGUAGUUUCAAUUUUAACUGUGAAAUUAAAUAUUUAGUUGUAUUUUCUCCAGCCAGUUAUCAAAAUGUACAUAAAAAUAAACAGUAAUAUAGGAUGAAUGCAAGAAAUGACUUAAAAUAAUACUUCACUGAUAAAUUUCCAAGAUUUUAGGAAAUGCUGUUAGACCAGAUCUUGGAAAAUAAGUUGAUCAUUAUAAAGAGGUGCUCCCAGUGAACUGAAAGAAUUGAUUCAACUAUAGAUAGAUAUAUCCCAUUUAUACCAUAGUCUUCAUGUAGAAUUUGAAAUUAUAUGUACUUAUUCAAUAAUGGAAACUUGAUAAAAGAGAAAUAGAUUAGAGUGAUUAUGUCUUAUCCCUGAUUUUAUAGAAGUUUAAGAAUAUUGAAAAAGUAGCUAAAAAUGUAGACUUUUUGAAUCUUGUUUUCUUUCAUCUGAAUAUGAAUAUAGCUGCCACUGGAGUGAUAAAACUUAGCCACUACAGUCUUAAAUUUCCUAGUUUAUGAGGUGGCUAGUUCUGUACCAGUUUGUGAAAUCCUCUUUAAGUAAGAAAAAUUGGUCAUUCAGCAGAUAGAAAGAAAUAUUCUGGAAGACUUAUGUUUUCAUAAAUGUUUGAGCUGAUGUUAUGUUACAAAGAUUCAGACACACUAAAAGCAUCAUAAUAACAUCUGUAAGGAAAAUAUAGUGGGUAAAGUAAAGGAAACUCUACCUCAUUCUUCUUUAAAGGUUUUGUAGAAGCACAAUUAAAUUCUCAUAAUGGCUUUGUUACACAUGAACCAUCUGGUGUGAACGAACACUUUAUAUUUGUAUGUCUAAAGAACCUAUAAUAAUUGUAUUUUGCUGGCAAUAGAUACAUUCUUUAUUGUUUGCAUUUUCCUCAUCCAAUCUAUAAUUACACAGUAUUUCUCUCUUCAAUAAAACAAUUUAAUGGACA